CUAUUAUGUGCCUUCCAAAUCCACCAAAACACUCUCCAACCUAAGCCCCCUUUAUCGGGCUUCAAAUUCCCAAAUCCAGAAUAUAUAUAAAAAAAACCAGUAGCAAGAAGCUUUGGAAGAUAGUACAGGGAAGGGAGAUAACAAACAUAUAUACGUACAAUGGAAACAAAAACAGAGAAUUAAAGGAUCAAAAUGGGCAGCAACUCCAUUCUGUCCAGCUUUUGCCGAUAUUACCCAUGUAUUUCAACCAUUCAAAACCUUGUAAAAUUAUAGCAUCCGCCAUUUUCGUAGGAGAAACAUGUUUCUUGUUGAAAAUUCUCUAAUUACGCGCAAGCCAUAUGUUCCAAAUUGGCUGAGUAUAGAAUAAGAUUCAGUGUAUCCCUUUUGUGGGGGCAGUUACCCCAAGAUUGUGCAAACUCCAUCCUCUCCCUGAUGUUGUCUCCUCUUAAGUCAGGUACAUCACACCACUUAGCGAUCCAAUACCAAACAGUUUUUGCAAAGUUGCACUCGAAAAAGAGAUGGUUCACGGUUUCCACAACCCAUCCACAUAGGUGACAAUUAGGAUGAAUUACUGAAAUGCCCCUAUGAGAAAGAGCAUCUGAGGUAGGGAUCCUUCCUAUAAAAAAAAAAGAAGAGAUUCACCGUAAAUAAGUAUAUGUCCAAAAUCCGAGUGAAUUCAGAUUCACCGUAUUUAGUAUUUACAUUUGAUACCUUCAAUAAAGGUCGUACUUCCUUACUAUAUAUAUUUACUAAUCCCGGAGUUGAUGCCACGGCGGCGACACUGAGAAGAAUCCGAGCAAAGAAGCAGUGUUGAAAUUGUAUGCUUUUAGGUUUAAUCGGACUCGGCUAUUGGCAAUCAGUUAAUCACUUUUAUCAGUUGAGAGAAUGUCGUCGCAUCUUCUCUAUCUUCAGCUGCCGUCUCUGCGUCCGACUUUACAGCGGCGGUGGCAGUUAUCUUCCGGCCGAAACCAAAACAUACUGACUUGUCAUUCGACGAAUAAUUUUGAUUUGAGACCUCGUCAUUCGCUAUCACGAAAUCAUAGUUCUGAUGCCUGCAAAGAUAAAGUCAUAUUAUCUUCGCCACUUGUGCUUGAUCCGAAUAAUGGCAAUUCAAGUCGUCGAUGUGUAAAGGUCAGAGCAAACUUGAAUUUCCCGCUAAUCUCGCCCUCAGAUCAAUGGGGAAACUGGACUGCUCUCUUUUCCAUCGGCGCUAUUGGUAGCUGGUCAGAGAAUACAAAGAUUGGGAACAUGUUAAGCGGGGCAUUGGUGAGCACAUUGAUUGGACUUGCUGCUAGUAAUUUAGGGGUUAUUUCAUGUGAAGCGAAGGCUUAUCCAAUUGUCCUUGAGUAUCUGUUGCCAUUAGCUGUCCCCCUAUUGUUGUUUAGAGCAGAUCUUUUUCGAGUUGUUAGGUCAACAGGGAAGCUCCUUUUGGCUUUCUUGAUUGGAUCAGUGGCAACAACAAUUGGAACAAUUGUGGCUUAUUGGAUGGUUCCAAUGCGACCACUUGGCCAAGAAGGGUGGAAAAUUGCUGCUGCUUUAAUGGGUAGACAUAUUGGUGGAGCUGUCAAUUAUGUUGCCAUUGCUGAAGCUCUAGAGAUUUCUCCUUCAGUUUUAGCUGCUGGACUAGCUGCAGAUAAUGUUAUUUGUGCAGUAUAUUUUACCACAUUGUUUGCGCUAGCUGCUAAAAUCCCUCCCGAGAGUUCAACAUCAACCACGGAUGUUGAAGAAGAUGUGAAAUCAGAAUCCAAGAGCAAACUUCCAUUGCUGCAGUCUGCUACAGCCCUUGCUGUAUCCUUUGGCAUCUGCAAAAUCGGAAGUUUUAUAACAAAAUAUUUUGGGAUUCCAGGAGGAAGCCUUCCAGCCAUUACUGCUGUGGUUGUUGUUUUGGCAACAACAUUCCCAAAGCAGUUUACUCACCUUGCACCUGCUGGCGAGGUUAUGGCCAUAAUCCUAAUGCAGAUAUUUUUCACAGUGAUUGGGGCAAGUGGGAACAUAUGGAAUGUGGUGACAACAGCACCUAGUAUAUUUUUGUUUGCUCUUGUCCAGCUGGCAGUUCAUCUGGCAGUUAUUCUAGGUUUGGGAAAGGUGUUUGGUUUGGAGCUCAAGUUAUUGCUGUUGGCAUCAAAUGCGAAUGUAGGAGGCCCCACAACGGCUUGUGGAAUGGCCACAGCUAAAGAGUGGACUUCCUUGAUUGUUCCAGCGGUUCUUGCCGGUAUUUUUGGCAUUGCCAUUGCUACUUUUCUGGGUGUUGCUUUUGGAACUUAUGUGCUUCAAUACAUGUAAUCUAAUUAUGUAAACAGCUUUCGUUUUCGUUUUCGUUUGUAACAUCAUCAUACAAAUAAUGUUUAGUGCCAUGUAUUUUUUUUUUGUUUACUGAAAUGGAGAUGUUUAUUUCAGAGUUCUAUUUGUUAAUAGUAGAA